AGUUGUUCUGGAGUAAAGUUCUCUUGGGCUUAUCGUAUAAAACAUUUUUUACUUCGUUUCUCCACCUUGCACUUUAGUUAUUGGAAUUCUCAGAGAUCUUCCGCUGUUUCCCUUUGAUUAUUCACUUCUUCUUCUUCUUCUUCUUCCCAUCGAUUUGAUCUCAUUGUCGUACUUCCGGAUGCCGCAUUCUAAUCAGAAACUUGUUAGCAGCAACAGAAAAUCCAAGCUGCAUCCAAAAAAUUUCUCUGCGGAUUCCAAAAUGAGGAGAAAAGUUCGCAUAAUCUGUUACGAUCCUGAUGCAACCGACUCAUCUUCAAGCGAAGAUGAAGGAGAAAGAUAUGGAAGAAAGUUUAAUCGAACCGUACACGAAAUCCACCUGCCUCCGCUGAAGAAGACUCUCGAAUCCGAGAGUUCUCAGAACAGCAACAACGAAAACAAAAACCCUAAGCUUAAGCAAUCCAAGGUUCAGAUCAAAAACCCUUCCUCCUCCCGAAGACAAUCGUCUUCCAAAUACAGAGGCGUGAGACAGAGAGCUUGGGGAAAAUGGGCGGCUGAGAUUCGAGAUCCCUUUAAGAGAAGCCGUAUUUGGCUUGGUACUUACGAUACUGCAGAAGAAGCUUCUCAAGCUUAUGAGUCGAGGAGGCUGCAGUUUGAAGCUAUGGCGGCAGAAAUGGCUGUUGAAGAAGGCAACAGGACCGUAUCCUCAUCCGCCGCUGUUCUUUCAGAGAGCACUGCGGAGACCACCGUAUCCCACACCUCACCAUCGUCGGUUUUCGAAUGGGACGAUUCAACUUCCCAAAGCCAAGAUUUGAAAGUGGGAGAUUCAAUCAAAGAAGAAACAGGCACGAAUAUGAACUACCUUCAAGAAGCCGAUCAGAGCCAUCCGUUUAUAGACGAAAUAAACAUGGGGAUCAAUUUUGAUUCGAUUCUAGCGGAUGGAAUCGGAAUGUUCUUGGAGGAUUUUGUAAGUUUAGAGAACACCCAGAUUUUUGGGUUCGGCGAUGAUGAACCCAGCGGCUUUCCAAAUGCGGAUUUCGGGGAUUUUGGGAACGAUGACAUUUCUUGUUGGCUUGAUGAUUCCAUCAACAUUACCUGCCCUUAAAUUUUUGCAGCUUAGGGGUUUUCCUUUCUCAAUUGUUUUGUCCAUUGAGAAAUUCCCUUUUUUAAUUUGGUUUUCUGAGAGUGAAAAUGAGAGAGUGUUCUUCUCUCAGUCUGCCAUUUUGGUUACGAUUAAAAGAUUUUGUCAACUCUGUGUGAAAUUGGUUAAUCAAUAUCGAUAUCAAUGUUCCUAAUC